AUGGAACCUCCUAGGCCGAUGGCUCAAAAAAUAGUUCAGCAGCCACCAAAUAGCCAGCCAAAUACUGCUCCACCUAUUAAGUCAGGCAAGAAAAUCGAUGUGGGAAGAUUUGAAGAAAACUUGAAAUCAAAGCAAGCAGACAAAGAAAAGAAAACUUUUCAAACAGGAGUUUCCAUUGAAGAAAGGAUGAAGGCUUUAAAGCAGCAAAACAGCAAUCAGGCUAAAGAACCUCAGCCAAAAAGCGAGUUUCAGACAGGAAUUUCUGUCAGGGAGAGAGCUCAAACACUAUUCCAAAGCCAAGAAAAAACAAAAAUUGAAGGAGUAGAUACAGAAGGCAUCCAGCCAAUUGCUCAAAGAAAGGCAAGCCUAUAUGCGAAGCCAGAUAUUAUAGGAGAAGAAAAGAAAGCCAAUAUCAGCACAGGUGUCAGCAUAUAGCUUAAGACUCCUUAUAGAUUCUUUAGCAGCAAUACCUAUUCUUAUUGAAUGAGCUUGACAAACGCCAAUUUUUAUGAAAGGGUUAAUUAAAAAUUGACACAUAUAAAGCUUUAAUUUGCAUUUGCCAAAUUUAAAUUGCACUUGUCAGAAAAAUUGACAUUUUCGUGGCUUAUUCAUAAGGCAAGGUAUUGCUCCUUAAAGGGUAAAAAUGGGACUAGAGUUAUAAAAGAAAGAAUGAACUCUUUAUUAGAAGGCAAUAAGGAAUUAGAAAAAGAAAAGACAACUCUAGCUCAUUCUAACACUGUUCCGAUUGCUGAAAGGAUGUCUAUGCUUAAUGCCAAACAAGAAGCGCCUGCAAAUAAAGAUAUAAAAAUCGAAUCGUCAAUGACUUUGAAAGAAAGAAUGGCUCUUUUUCAGGCACCAAAAGAAGAAGCAGUCCCAAAACGCACAAUAGAUGAGCCAAUCCCAUCUUUGAAAGAAAGAAUGGAAAAAUUUGCAAAUAAAGAAGUUGAUGUAAAGAAAAAUGAAAACUUAAAUGCAGGAGUAGGGAUGAGUUUGAAGGAAAGAAUGGAGAUGUUUAAUAAAAAGGAUGAAAAUAAUAAGAAAGCUGAAGCACCUGCAGCCAGUCUAGGCAUUGGAGGAAUUAGUGUAAAAGAAAGGCAAGAAAUGCUUCUAAAAAAAGAAGAGCCAGCGAAAGUUAGAGCUCCUAUAGAGACUGGCUGGUCUAUGGACAGCAAAUUUCAAAAGGAAUCGGAGAAUUCUUCUGACGAAGAAAAAGAAGUGGAAGAAGAGAAGCCAAAAGAAGAACAAAAAAAGUCCAUAUCAGCAGGCUUAAUGGACAAAUAUGCCAAAAAAAGCACAAAUAAAGGAAAUAAAGAAGAAACAGUAAAAACUGAUAUAAUUGUUAAUACUCCUCAAGUACAUCCAAUAGAAGAAAAUAAUGAAAACUUCUUAAAAAACCUCUAUGAAAAGGAGGAAAAACUAUCUGGAAGUGGGUUGGAUAUGAGGACUUCUCUUGAAAAGCCUACAAUAAAAAGGACAAGCUUAUCAAAGCAUGGACAAGAUUACGAAUUUUAA